UGAAACGAAAGCCUUGAUUCCCCUCGCGCCGAUCUAAACACCUGCCCGGCCUCCAAACACCGACAACUGCUGACGAAGCAGCGGGUAGUAGCGCAUAACAGGAAACAUGGGAUUAUUGUUUCUCUGAAGGUGUUUUGCUGGUCCGAAAGAUCGUUGAAUUUUGGAUAAUUUCUCUAGCGAAGCUCAUGGUGCAAAGAAGAAAUAGUUGAGACAUGGUGUGUUCAUAAAACACACACACACACACACCAAUCUGGUGUGUCCAGCGCCGUCUUCUCGGAUGAGCCCCGCCACAGCAUGGUGGAAGAAAGUGGGUGCCGGUGUGCAUGCCAAGGGGGCGGCGAGGAAUUCGACCUGCCCCCAGACGAUCCUUCUAAUACUUCUUCAUCGGGAUGUUGCAAUCCAAAAGUCUUCACUACCGUCCUCCUCGGCAUCCUGUCUUGCGUCCUCAUGACAGGAGGAGUGUUCCUUGCUUUCCACAGGUGGGAUCCGAUGUGGCUACUGGUGUCCGGUGUAGGAGUCAUUCUCAUCUUCAUUGGAACCAUCCAGCACUGUUGCAGUGACAACAGCACUCCGGCGCGGCGAUCUUCGGGUAAGGGCGGAUGCUGUAGUCGGCCCCCUGCCCCAGACCACCCUCACAUCGUUACGCACAACGGAAGCCUCACAGAGCAGCUGCUCCCGCUCACUAACGCCAGGUCAGUAAGUCAAUUAUCCCUGAACAUGCUUCCUGGAUAUUUCCCACCUGUUGUCACUGCUUAUGGCAUAGAGCAGCACUCCGCCGUAGUACAAAACAUCAACCGAUUAGUCCAGCAGCAGCAGCAGCAGGCACCUAGCCCACAGAGUCCGGGAGCUCCUGCCGGAAAGAGCUUCAUCCUGUUGUCCCUGCCGGGCGAAAAUCCUCCGGCUAAUCUCCAGAACCUCGUAGCGACUGUUUACCAGUUGGAUGGAAGCAUUGUGCCUGAAACUGCUACUACGGAUACUAAUCCCGCCCCGGACACUCCUGUCAACGUCACAACCAGAACAAAUAAUCUAGUUCUCAAGACGCAGAAGUUCAGACCUGCCAUAUGUGGUCUAGUGCAUCCGUGCCAAAUGCAAGUGAACUUUCGGCGGUUUCCUCCACUUCAUCUGCAGAAAACGCUUCAACUACAGAAUCGCAGAGAACUACCGUGACAACCGCUAGUGGCACAACGCAGACGGAAGAACAUGCAAACUCUGAGUGGUUGAGGACUUGAUGGACUGCUCUGUUGACAUAGCGACAAACUGUGAUAUUGUUGCCGAUAGCCAAUCUACUUUCGCCAACAUUCCUCUAUCUUCUUCUGCAACUCUAGUGGAUGUGUCUGAGCCUUCUACAAGCUCCGAAUCCUGGAUUCGGUACUCGUAGAUGUCCCCUGUUUCUUCUGCGAACUUUACCGAGGGGUCCGGUUCAGCUCAUCUGUUGGAACUUGCCACCACGAAUUUGAUUCAGUGGAAGUGGCACAGACUGUCAUCAAUGAACCUAUGCUAUGUGAUAUUACGGACUUAUCAUCAGGUCUCAAUCAGUCUUCUUUUCAGAACAGUCACAGACAGCCGCUAUACCUGACACCGAAACAGCGGUUGAAGUGAACAAUGAGGUACAAACAUCGGCUGGAACUUCAAGAGACGCUGUAAUAGAAUCAAACCUGGAAAAUAUACCGCCACCUUCUUAUGUGGCUUAAAUCACUUGGCACUGUCUUCUAGUAGUAGUAAUCUUUCUGAAAUUGAUGCAGAAAUUGACGAUGGAGAAUCUCUCGGUAGAUCUUCUCCUCCACCGAGUUAUGAGGAUGUGACACACGAAGGGGAGAGCUCUGUAGGGGCUUUCGGUUUAGCAUAUGGGACCAUAUAAAACUAUAUUUAUGUUUCAUUGUAUUAACUCUUGCUGGGCAAGUUUUGUUACAUUUUACACUUGUAAUUUUAUUGGUGAAAUUAAAAAAAAAGCAUAUAUUUUUUU